AUGACCGAGCUCACUGGGUAUGGAACCAUCGAAAUUGUUGAAAGCCAUGUUCAAGUUCCUCAGAGCAACCAGUCCGCUGGAAUGUCGCCGCUGAGGUUGUUGCAGGACACGUCUAUGGAGGUCGUUGACUCGAAGAUGUCUCCUGCAACUCGGAACGAGCCCUUCCAAUCUAUGAGCACCGCUGCAGCUUACCAAUUAAUUGGGCCAUGGAAACGCAUCCUGCUUCCACGGAUCCCGAAGUGUCGAAUACCUGAGCAGUCUUCUGGAUACGAUGUUCAGGUUGAAUCCAGGAAUAUUUUUCUUGCAAGUCCCUCCACUGCCGAGCAUGUCGAAGCCCAGAUUUUGUCUCUUGGAAACUCCACAUUCCUGCGCAAUGUGCUCGUCCAAAUGCACGGGAACUGCGGGAAUACAUGCCGUGCACGUCAGCUGUUCGAUUCCACGCCCCAGAAAGACAGCUACUCGUGGAAUUUCAUGCUCAGGGCAUAUGCCCGGAACGGGCAUGUGGACGAGGCAAAGUCGCUCUUUGAUUCCAUGCCAGAAUGGGAUCUCGUCUCGUCCACAAUCAUGCUCAAAGUAUUUGCAGAUACCGAGAACAUUGAACUUGCCGAGGAUAUUUUUAACUCCAUGCAGGUCAAAGACCCCAUUUCAUACAAUGUCAUGAUAUCUGCAUAUGCCGAAGUUGGGCAAAUUGGCAGAGCAAAGACACUGUUUAAUGUCAUGCCUUUUCGGAAUGCUGCUUCAUGGACCACAAUCCUCAUCGUGUACUGUCGCAACUUUAGCGUUGAUGAUUCUAAAACGCUGUUUGAAUCUAUGCCCAGGCCGGAUCUUAUCGCAUGGAAUGCCAUGCUCUCAGUAUAUGCCGCAGCCGGGAAUUUACUCUCUACGAAAGCUCUGUUUGAUAGGAUGCCAGCGUGGGAUCUUGCAUCGUUUACGCUACACUUGUCCGUACUCAUCCAAGCCAAGGAUCGGGAUCGGGCGGAGAAAUGGUAUCGAUCUCUACCGGAGUACGACAUUGUGUCUUGCACGGCAAUGCUGGAAGCAUAUGCCCAGAAUGGGCAUCUGGAAGAUUCUAAGAAUUUGUUUGACAGUAUGCCGCACCGGAGUAUGGUGUCGUGGGCAGCCAUGCUAGAGGCAUAUGCCGUACAUGGGAAAAUUGCAGAGGCUAGAUGCUUGUUUGGAGACAUGAGGGAAUGCGAUCUCUUCUCUGUGGCGACAAUGAUCUCUGCCUUCUCGAGGAGUGGCGAUGUGGGAUCGGCCAAGCAUCUGUUUGAUGCAAUGCCGGAUCACGACCAGGUUUCCUGGAACGCAAUUCUGAAUGCUUACGCUCACAAUGGCCUCUGUGAUGGAGCGAAGGAAGUAUUUGAUCGGAUGCCGCGGCGCGACCUGAUCUCCUGGACCGGGAUGAUAGGCUGUUAUGCCCAAACUGGGCAUCUGGAAGAUGCUAGGGGCGUGUUUCUUGGAAUGCCGUUCAGGGAUUUGAUCUGCUGGAACAUUAUGCUUCUUGCAUACUCUCAAAUGCAAAGUCUUGUCGAGACUCAUGAACUCUUUAACAGCAUGCCAGAUGCAAACCAGGUGUCUUGGAACAUCCUCCUCUCCGCAUAUGCCCAGAGAGGGCAUACUGCGAAAUCAACUUCGCUCUUUCACCGCAUUCCAGACCGAAACCUCGUCUCCUGGAACACGAUGCUGUCCAUGCACGCACACGAUUUCGACGUCGCGCUCGAGUUUUUCCAGAGAAUGCUGGCCGAGGGCCUUGAGCCCGACGACAUCUCGUUCACUGCGUUGCUCGUUGGAUGCGUCCACACCGGCGACUUGAAGAUGGCGAGGGGCAUCUGCCAAGGCAUGAGCCGAGACCACGGUUUGGUCGCGACCAAGCAGCAGUUCGGCUGCAUGGUAGACCUCUUGAGCAAGUCCGGCUACCUCCAAUCGGCGAGGGAUCUGAUGAGAAGCAUGCCUUUCGAGCCAGAUGGUUUCGAGUGGAUCUGCUUGCUUGGAGCGACAGGGGACGUUGGAGUUGACAGAGCUGGAGCUGCCAAAGAGGUGACUAGAUUGGAUCCCAGCAAUGGAGCACCAUAUGUGCUCCUGGCAAACGCAAGACUAGCCACAGCUUGA